ACGGGCAUUUCUAAUGGGUGGUCAUGCCUUUUGGCCUCAUCAAUGCCCCAACGACCUUCCAAGCGGCAAUGACCAACAAGUUCCGUACAAUGUUGGACUGGUUCGUGCCUGUCUACUUAGACGAUAUCCUCGUCUAUAUCCGGACAUUGGAGGAUCAUCUUCAGCACCUUCGACAAGUGUUAGAGAUGCUCCGCCGCGCCAAGUACAAAGCCGACCCUGACAAGUGCGAAUUUGUCCGACAAGAGCUGGAAUACUUGGGUCAUUUUGUCACACUGGAGGGCAUCAGUCCGUUGUCGGACAAGAUUCAAGCCAUCCAGGAGUGGUCGGAGCCGCGGAAUGUCACGGAUGUCCAUUCGUUCCUUAGCCUGGUCGGCUACUACCAAGGUUUCAUCAAGGGAUACUCGAAGAUCGCGGCCCAUUUGACCAAGCUUCAAUGCGAGGACCGGCCGUUUGACUUCGGUGAGGAUGCGCAUGAAUCAUUUUUGGCUCUCAAAGCUGCAUUAUUAUCCGCGGAGGUCUUGCGCAUUUACGACCCGCUAUUGCCAACGCGCGUCACUAAGGAUGCGUCCGGCUAUGGCAUUGGUGUAGUCCUCGAACAACAUGAUGGUGUGGACUGGCACCCGGUCAAGUACUUCAGCAAGAAAGUGCCCACCGUACACUCAAUUGGUGACGCACGCAAGAAGGAGCUCCUAGCCUUCGUCCACGCGCUCAAGCGGUGGCAGCACUCCCUCCUUGGUCGAAGCCAAUUCCGAUGGGUAACGGACAACAAUCCGUUGAUCUUCCACAAAACCCAAGACACCGUCAACAGCACCAUCGCCCGAUGGACGGCUUUCAUCGACCAGUUCGACUUCUUUCCCGAUCACAUUCCGGGGAAGUCGAACCAUUUUACGGAUGCUCUUUCAUGGCGUCCGGAUCAUUGUACCGCAGUCUAUUCGACCUUCAAGAUCGGUGACAACCUGCGGGACAGCUUCAUCCGCGACUACAAAGUCGACCCCGAGUUUCGUGACAAGUGCGAGAAUUGCUCCUUCCCUAAUCCGGCCCCUUCGCACUACCGGACCCAAGAGGGGUACUUGCUUGUCCACACGUGGGGGAAGGACCUUCUUUGCGUGUCGAGUGACUCUCACUUGCGUAUGCGGCUUCUUGGCAAGUCCCACGACGCUCCCGCCACCGGACAUUUUGGAGUCAAUCGCACGAUUGGCCGACUCCGCGAGCGCUUUUGGUGGUCCGGUCUUCUCGACGACGUCACAUGCUAUUGCGAGUCAUGCGAGGUUUGCCGACGUUGGAAAUCCCGCAAUCACCGUCCGUACGGCGAGUUGCGACCAUUAUCGGUCCCCUUGCGCCGAAGGGAAGCGAUUGCCAUGGACAUCACCGGGCCAUUCCCCAAGCACAAGACUGGCGUGGAUGGGAUUCUCACGGUGGUCGACCGACUCACCAAGUUCGCCAUGUUCUUGCCUUGUCAUUAUCAUGCCAAGGCACUAGAGUUGGCCGAGGUUCUUUACGCUGGUUGGAUUCGAACCAAGGGUUACCCCAAGGAAAUCGUCUGCGACCGCGACACUCGGUUCAUGUCCGAUUUGUGGUUGGCGCUCAUCAAACGAUGAGGCUCAUCUCUCAAGCCGAGUUUGGCUCGCCACCCCCAAAGCGAUGGCCAAACGGAG